CACACACUCACACACACACACACACACUCGCGCAUGCACACACAUACAUACACACACACACACGUGCAUACACACACACUCUCUCUCUCUCUCUCUCUCUCACACACACACACACACAUCCUGUGAUUAAUAUGUAACGUUCACAUUUGUCAUGUGUUUAGAUUUCUGUGAUCUGACUCUGGAUCCCAACACAGUAAAUUAUAACCUCAUUCUGUCUGAGAGGAACAGAGCGGUGACGUGCAGUGAGAGAAAGCAGCAGUACUCUGAUCAUCCAGAGAGAUUUGACUCCUACCCUCAGGUGUUGAGUAAGGAGAGUGUGUGUGGACGCUGUUACUGGGAGGUGGAGUGGAGCGGUCGUGAUGUGUUCAUAUCAGUCUCAUAUAAAGACAUCAGCAGGAAAGGACGGGGUAAAGAGUGUUGGUUUGGACGCAACAAUCAGUCCUGGAGUCUGUGGUGUUUUUCUUCUUCUCUCUGUUUCUAUCACAACAACAUUAAGACUGAUCUCAGAGUUCCAUCAUCCUCCAGAAUAGGAGUGUAUGUGGAUCACAGUGCAGGAACUCUGUCCUUCUACAGCGUCUCUGACACGAUGAAGCUCCUCCACAGAGUCCACACCACAUUCACUCAGCCUCUAUACGCCGGGUUCUGGCUGCGCUCUAGUGGAUCAACUGUGAGAUUACGUGAUCCAGAAUAAAAUAUCAGUAUUGUGAUUUUAUUGAAUUAAAAUGCAAGGGUCCAGAUUUAUUGUUCCGUUCCACCACACGAGAUCCACACUGAUGAGAAUUCUCAGAAGUGAUCUGACACCCGGAGAUCAAGCUCCAGUAUUUAUACUGUAUUUACACGGUAGAUAAGCAAUAUAUUUCAGAAAGACUAUGAUAUCAAUACCAAUAGGGUUAAAAAAGAGCUCAUCUACAUUACCAUUAUGUUUUGAAAGAGGCCUUUCCAAUUUACCAUUAGGUUCGAAAGUGGAGAGAGACAAAACAAUUGAGAGAGACCUUGGUCUCACUCUUAUCUCGCGGGGGCAGCUUGACUCAGCUACCC